CGAAUAAUUCAUACGUUCCAUCUAUGAAUCCGGCGGUAUCUAGUUUAGAAAUUCGUCAAGUAUACAUAGAAAUACCCAUAGUUACUUACAGCCCCGUGUAGUUUGCUAUCACCAAUCGAAGCCCCUCGCGUAACCGUCUCCGUUUGUUUUCUUUGUUCUGCCCAGUGGUAAAAUGUCAGCCCCGGAGUCCCUGCGUUUGCUUCCAGCCUUCCUCUCUUUUCUCAAUCUUCUUCCUGCAUACUCAGAAGUUUCGAAAACACCGAUGCACCUUGUUCCUGAUACAAUCUGGCAGCACUCCAUCCAGCUUCACCUUACUCAGCGUGUACACUGCCCUAAGAACCAACUUUACGAUGCCGAACAAACCGUCGACCCGUCGCCGGAGGCCCCCUCCAUCUCCGCCAAAAGCCCCUCAGCGUAAUUCGACGGGCACUAUUGGGGUUCACGGGGGCGAGGCUGCCUCCGCCACAGCAGACGAGCAGACCACUGACAGCGCUGGCGAUGAUAAGAUCAAGGGCCAGGAUGCAACUGGCGGGAUGGAGACGAGCAUGACCGUUACCAACACUACGAUCGAUCAUCCUCGUGGCAAUGUGUUGAGCGGCCUCGCCAAGUUCUUCCCCCGGGCCCUGGUACUGCUCGGGCUCCUCUUGACUUUCCUGCCACUACCUUCAUUCGUCUCGCCCGCCUUGCGACCGCUGCAGAAAUUUCUUGUGACGGUUAUGGCCGCGCUUUCCCAAGUCUUGUCACUGCUAGGUUUCUGGUAUCUUACCUUGAGACUGCUCUCCGCUGUACCUCAGGAUCUCCUGACGCUGUUGGGGAUCCUGCGCCCGGUUCUGUGGCCGCUCGAGGUCAUCUACCAGGACGUCCUAGCAUUUCUGGGCUUCCUCUCCCGCCUGAUCCUAAGGUUGUUUAACGCCCUCGACCAACGUCUCCCAAUGCCUCUCAGGGCCUUCUUUCGGACGCUCUUGCGUUGGUUCUCGGAGCUGCCCGAGGUCUUGCCCCCCAUCGGCCGGUUCUGUCGACAGGCGUUGAUCGCCUACACUGUAUGGCUGGGAUUCACCUACACCGUCUCGUUCGCCCUCGAGAACGACCAGGACGCCCUGUCGACCGUGUUAUGCGCCACACCUUAUGUCGGCUCCCAGCUCGUGCUAUGUCAACCGCCAGGAUUGUCGAAGCUGUGGGGACCCGACCUCCUGGCUGGGAUAUCGCUGCCCCGAGAGGGACUUGCUGAUGCCGCAAGGCGCGUCGGCCGGGAUCACAGCCUUGCCCGCGAGAUGUUGGAUCAUCAUGGCGCCAUCCGGGAUCUCAGAAUUCGUGUUGCAACCAGCGAGAGCCAAGUACGUUACGAGUUAUCCCCCCAUCCGCACUUGACCACUUCCGCCAAUGCGCUAUACUCCAGGUUAUUGGCGGGCUUUACAGCUUCAGUCAAUCACAGCGUCGAUGUGAUGAAGAUGCUGGACAAAUAUAUUAUCGAAGUGCUCCAUAAAGUUGCGCGGGAUGCCGAAGUCCAGCCACAGGAGACGGAGACGCUCCUGAGCAGUAUGGUAGCGGCGCUACGCCCGCUCGCGGGAAUUCCCCGCAGUCAAUCGCCCGGGUGGGAAGUAAAGAGGGUGCUCAAGGCCACUGCUAAGCAAUUUGAGGAAAGAAUCAAUCGCUUGAUCAAUGAAGCAGAUGCUGUAUUAAUUGCACUGGACGAUAUUUAUUUCGACCUCGACACGAUCAGGGAUCUCGCCGGCAGGGGACUCGGCAAGACUCCUACUUACGACAUUCUCGAAGACCUGUGGGUCUUCGUCAUGCGGAAAAUAGACGUUGAGGUGGAGAACAAGGGGCACGGGAAGCUCCUAAGAGACAUCACGCGCUUCUACGACGUGGCUAACGGUAUGGUUCGGGACAUUAAAGGCUCGCUCCUCGAAGCCCAAGCCGGGGUGGCCUCGUUCAACUACGCACGCGUCUAUGCCAGGACCCUCCUCGAGACAUACCCGCCCCACGUUAUCGCGGCUACAGUCCGGAGCUCCAUGGAGAGGCUCGAGGCGAGUACGCAGAAGUUCGACGGCAGGGGCACCAGGAUUGCGGAGGUUAUUGCAGAGAAGGAGAAGAAAGCAGGUUAGGGUAGUUUCAACGUUUGGAAACCUGAGGGAGUGUGCCUUGAGUUGGGGAAAAGAAGGGCGAUUUGACAUUUUCUUCUUCUCUCUUGCGCGGUAGGUAAUAAGUUUGAGAUCCUCUUCUUGUUAUGAGGCGUGUCGAGGCUUUUAGGUAUGGAUAAAUAUGCAAGUCAAAUUCACGCGGGCAGGUCCGGAUGAACAGCUGUAUAACCAGGC